AUGCACCAUUCCAACAACAAAGGAAGUUUUGACCUCGAAAAAACAGCCAGCGCCAAACCGGCUUCGAGCGAUGGCUCCGGCUCCGGCAUUGUUGAUUCUGAUGCCACCAAAUUGGCCGAGAUGGGUUACACCCAGGACUUGAACCGCAAUUUCUCCAUCCUUUCGUUGGUCGGGAUUGCGUUCUGCAUGUCCAACUCGUGGUUUGGUAUCUCUGCCUCUAUGAUUACUGGUAUUAGCUCCGGUGGCACACCGCUGAUCAUCUACGGUCUGUUGUGGAUUACUUUAAUUUCACUUGGUGUGGGAUCUUCACUCGCUGAGCUUGCUAGUGCUAUGCCCAAUGCCGGUGGUCAAUACUUCUGGGCCCAUGAGCUGGCGCCGCGGAAGUAUGCCCGCUUUGCCUCUUACCUAACCGGGUGGCUUGGCUACGCAGGUGCCAUCUUUGCGUGUUCCAGUGUCGUUCUCGGUCUGGGAGAGGGUGUAGUGGGCAUGUGGCAGCUGGGUCACCCCGAAUUCGAGGUCAAGCCGUGGCACGUUGUCGUGGCUUACCAGCUGAUCAAUUUCUUCUGCUUUCUGUUCAACUGCGUCGGUAAAUUGUUGCCCGCGGUUGCGAAGGCUACCCUUUAUAUCUCCCUGGUUUCCUACUUGAUUAUCCUGGUUACCGUCCCAGCCUGCGCCAAUCCUCGUGCCAGCGCAGAGUUUGUCUUUGGUCACUUCUCUAACACAACGGGCUGGAAGUCAGAUGGCAUGGCGUUUAUUGUCGGGUUGAUCAACCCGAACUGGAUCUUUGCUUGUUUGGACUCUGCUACUCAUCUUGCUGAGGAGGUUCCGGCUCCCGAGAAGAACAUUCCGAUCGCCAUUAUGGCUACCGUGGGCAUUGGCUUUGUGACUUCGUGGACCUACUGUAUUCCGAUGUUCUUCGGCAUCCAAGAUCUUUCGAGUCUGAUCAACUCUCCCACCGGAGUCCCAAUUUUGGCUCUAUACUACCAGGCUCUGGAGAACAAGGCUGGCGCCAUUGUGUUGGAGACUCUUCUAAUUGUUACCGGUAUGGGCUGCCAGAUCGCCUGCCACACCUGGCAAUCUCGUCUGGCUUGGGCCUUCGCUCGUGACGGUGGCCUUUCUGGUCACCAGUGGCUGGCCAAGGUGAACAAGACUCUUGACGUGCCGCUCGUUGCCCACUCGGUGAGCUGCUUCAUCGUCGGUCUUCUGGGUCUCCUCUACCUCGGCUCUUCCACUGCAUUCAACAGCAUGAUGACAGCCUGCAUCUCUCUUCUCUACAUGUCCUAUUCGAUCCCUGUUCUUUGUCUUUGGUACAAGGGACGCGACAAUAUCCAGCAUGGUCCAUUCUGGCUGGGUAAGCUCGGUCUGGCUGCCAACAUUCUGACCAUCCUCUGGACAAUCUUUUCGCUCGUGAUGUACUCGUUCCCGGCGAACAUGCCCAUGACUACAAGCAACAUGAACUAUGUUUCUGCCGUCUACGGUGUCGUUGUCUUCAUCAUCGCCAUUGACUGGUUUGCUCGCGGACGCCAUUCUUUCAAAAGUGCUGAGUAUUCCGAGACUAAGAUUGAAGUGUUGGAUGACUCUUUGCAGUAG